GGGUAGGUAAGUGCGGAGAUACCCACCGACGUUCCCUCCGGGCGCGCCAGUCUUGACACGCGUUAUGUGCUCGAUGCCAGGGUUUUCGUCGCAGCUGGCCGGAUGACAACGACGUAACAUCAUGGCGGAUAACGAUAAGAAGCCGAUGUCACGUUUAAUGAAACUCGCGAACAAGUUCAACUGCUUCUACCUGUCAGGUUUACAUGCAGGAGAAUGCAGGGCUUUUGUUGUCGACGGACAGCAAGUUGGACUUGUUCGUCCAGAUGUGAUGAGAGAGAUAUUAAAUUAUCCUCAAGUAUUUCAAGUGCAUCCCGAAUAUGUGCAAUUAAAUCCAGCCUUUCGGGAUUACACUGAGAGAAGUGCACGCGUCGAUGAAGUGUUGAGGGAAUGGAUGGCCGGUGGGAAAUUUGUAACAUUACGAGGCUGGAGGGAGGAAUGCCAUGAAGUGCGUGCACAGUUUAAUACACAACCGCUGUUCAAGAUGGAUCGCUCGGCUACAUGUUUAUUUGGAAUUCGGAAAUAUGGAGUGGACAUAAACGGCUACGUAAUGGACCCUGUCAAGGGCCUGUCAAUAUGGUUGCAGAAGCGUAGUCCGAACAAACAGACAUGGCCGGCAUAUUGGGAUAGUAUGGUGAGCGGUGGUUUGAGUGUUGGUUACGGUAUAAAUGAGACCGCGAUUAAGGAGGCCGGCGAAGAGGCUGGUAUUCCGAACCAUCUUAUUGCCAAGCUCAAGAGCGCCGGCUGCGUGUCGUUCUUCUUUGAAAGUGAGAGGGGUCUGUUUCCCAACACGGAAUUUGUAUAUGAUCUUGAACUGCCGCCCGACUUCGUACCGAACAAUAGUGACGGAGAAGUGGAGACCUUCGAAUUACUCCCCGUUAGUGAAUGCUUAGAGAGGAUACUGUCCCCACAUUUCAAAACUACUUCGGUACCAGUUGCCCUUGACUUCUUAAUUAGACAUGGAUAUAUUACAGCGGAGAACGAGCCUAACUUUAUACAGAUUGUGGAGUUGCUUCAUGUACCUCUGCAGACUAUGUACAAUCAUCGACACAAAGCUAGUAAUAGAAUGGCUAACGGCGAAGCGAUCGAUGCACUAGAAAAAGUUUAAGUCUCGUUAGGCUUCUUAAUUUAUAUUGUGCUAAUGGCUAUGAAUUGAAUGAAAUGAAUGAGGUUCCUUUUCUAUGUUUCUUCAUUGGACAAGUAUUGAGAAAUCUCUGUAUUACAGUUGUACACAUGUAAGACGUAAAGAGCCUUUUAUAAUUUAUAAAGAUCAUAAUUUAUAAAAAGAACUAUGGAUAGACGAAAAACACACUUCUAUUAUUGAGUUGGUCAUAUUUCUGCAUUCAUUUUAAUAUUGUUUCAAUUGCAUAUCUUGCAUUAACAACGAAAAAGAGAAACUCAAUACGCUUUAUUAACUGCAUCAAUAAUAACCCACGUUUACGAGAACUUUAUAACACGUUUUCCUCUUGUCUAUACAAGUUUGUGUGAUUCAUAAAAGAAAAACAAGUUUUUAUAUACAAAUCUUUUGUAUGACGGAGUGUAAAGUAUUUAAUUAAUUAAUUAGUAACAUCAUUUAACUCGUCAAAAUUUUGAAGAUAAAAUUUCUUCCAUCUAUACAGUUCUUUCGUUUGUUUUCUUUUUCUAUAACAAGAUAAGUUUCACAAAUGGUUAUGCUAUAUUGAGACAUUUUUCAGCUUAAUCUGCCAUUAUUUAGCACAAUGAAAUCGUAUACCAAUUAUAUUAAUAUCGUGCUUGUCAACUGAACAGAUGCAUUGUAAUAAAAACAAAUGACGAUUAAAUGAAAUUGAUUUACGAUAUACAUAUAUCAAAGUGGAAACAAAAGUAUUAUGAACGCAGCAUUCCAGAGAAUAAGUUUAUCGAUAAGAUUGCGUUUAAGGACUGAAAAAUGAAAGAUUUUUUUUUUAAUGUAAUUAAUAUCGUCAUAUAUACACUAAAACUUGCAACACACAGCUUGGAAUUAUCUGCGAGACAGUUUACAUAACACUAAGAUCACACGUUUACAGUAUUAUAAGAAUGAAUAUCCUAUGUACUUUUUUUUAAAUAAGUUAAAAAAUUUACAGUCUGAUCAUGUGCAAACCUUGUGUUCGAUCGAAUUUUAUUAUCUUGAUCAUUUAGCAUCUUUCUUUAGUGACUUCUUAAAGAAGGAAGAAAGGCAUUUAUAUUUAUCGUAAGCAUAUGUUUUAUAAAUUUAAUUAAAACGUUAAGUACUUCCACGUAUAAAAGUUUAAAUACUAUUUAUAUUUAUUAAUAAUGUCAGCGACUGUACAAGUGAGAAGCACAACAAAACUUAAUAAUUAUUAUAAUAAUCUUUAUUCUUAAUGAAUAAUAUUUUUAAUGGAUCUUGCAUUUUUAUUUCACAAGUAAGAUUAAUAAUUAAUAUAAAUAAUUACAUUGUAUUACGUUUUCAUUGAUAUUCGAGGGUAAAUAGAUAGUGUUUCGAUAUUAUAAUAUGAGUAUAUCAUAUUUUAGCUGUACAUAAUAUUUAUUUAUAAUUUUCAUUUCUAUUUUUACAAUGGCAGUUUAUCGAGUUGUAUAUUGCAUUGAUAUUGUAUUAUCGCUUUGUAUCGAUGAAUUGCGAAGAUCAUCAUUAACUAUUUGUUAUUAACGCCGUUCAUGUGAUAUAUUUUACAUCGUGUUUUUAAAAAUUGUUAUAUAUACCUUAUAAAAAGAAAGAGCAUACACUUAUUCAUAUAAUUAAUCUGUUAAUAUUCGUGUUAAAUUCAUUAUUACGAAAAAUCGCAUUGCGUGUAUGAGUGUGAAAUCCAAUAUCAUGUAUUUGUUAUAAAAAGAGUAUCAGUUAUGGUAAAAUAUAUAUUAAUCUCGUAAAAUAAAUUAUCGCAUUUCUGCACAAGAAUGAUACACAAACGUCUGUACUAUGCCAAAAACUGGAGAUUUACAAAUAUCUGAUAACAGAAAGUAUAUCAGUUUCGGACAUUUUUAAUUUUCGUAAAGUAUAAAGUAUGUAGAGAGAAUAACUGAGAAAGAGAGUAGAAAAUAACCUUUGAAUCGUUUUGAGUACAACUUUUUGUAAUUUCUCUUGCAUAUAUGCCGAUGAAUUGACAUUGCGGUAAUUGUAGAAUUAUUAGUUCAACAAGUUUUUGCAGUCAGAUCCUACAAGAACUAACCGAACUGCGUGUAGAUUUUAUAAGUUUAAUACUUUUGUAAUGACGAUAAUGUAACAAUAUACUAGUCACGCUCAUCUUUAUCACUCUAUCUCUUUCUUGUAACAUUAAUCUGGUCAUCAGACACAAUGUUUGUGAUACACUUAAGUGAGAUUUUGUUUCCUACUAUGAUUCAGUUUUUGUGAUAGGGAUGGAUAGGACUGGCUAUAUGUUUAUUGCAUGAGAAUAAAAUAGUAUUACAUCACACACGGCCGUACACGCUGAUCUAUUAUUUAAUUCCGAUGCAGUAAUAAGGUAAUUGCGCAUUUGAGACGGAAGUACUUGUAUUCCGAUUAACAAUGAAACUGGUUUCGACAGAUUGUUAUGUGAAGAAAAUUUGCAAGAUUUACAUUGUUUUGCAUACAUGGACUACUUAUUGUAACUAUGAGUGACUGUCGUAUGCGAUCAUAUAACACUAAUUAGCUUGUGUGUUCUUAGCUCUCGUAUUUUUCGUUGCAGCCUAAGUAUCGAUUGUUAAAAAAAGAGCAUAACGAAAACUUGCGAGCCGCCUAUUUUUUCGCUAAUUAAUGUGAUUAAAUUAAUGAGCACGCAACAUGGGCUCGUCUGAUCAGGCGGUUUCGUCGAUUGAACCAUCGCGUAAGAAUAAAAUCGAAGCUUUUUCAGAAUAGGCACGAUCGAGAUUAAUGUUUAAAAAGAUGUAGAUUCUAAAAAAUCUUCCGAAGUAAUGUAUUUUAAACGUUUCUGUGAAUGGUGUUUAAAUUUGAUACUUAAUCUUAAAUUUUUUAUAGUUAUUUUUAAUUCCAAAGAAUAAAAACGAUUUAAAGAGAUCAAUAAUUAUGUCGACGUUUUCCUAAAUAUAUAUUUUUAUGUUUAUUUUUUAAAUCUUUUCAUGGCCGUCUAAAAAGGUAAAAGAAUAAUUUUAAUAAAUUUUUACUUUCAAUAAAAUGUAUCUUACAAUUAGAUGAAAGAAACUUUUAUAUAUUCGUUACAUUCGUUGCGCAGAUUUUAAUUCUGAAAAGAUGAUACAUCGAUAUGCAUAUAUUAAUAUAGUAAUGAAAUUAUUUUGAUGCAAAUCAUUUUUUUUAGCAUAAAAGAAAUUUUAAUUUUUAGUUAAAAAUUAAAAUAUAAUUUAUCUUUGCUCCAUGUUCGGGAGAUUAUUGUAAACUACAUAUAUGAGGUUUCAACCAACUCCGACUGUAUGUUGUUGUUCCAUGCUCCCGUAUUUUGCAGACAGAAGUUGUAUAAAGUUGCGGAUUGCUAUGCUCAAUCUGUUUAACAUUAGUAAAAAAAAAAUUUUGACGAUAAUAUCGAUUGCAUCGAAGAUGUAGCUAAAAAUGUAAGAAGUGUGUAGUUCUAGAAUCAGAUGAUUGUACUUACAUAAACAAUGAGAAAUAUUUGGACUGGCUUUUUAUUACAUAUGAUUCUUAUUGCUUAUUAUUGCUAAUAAUUUUAUUAUUCCAGCGUGGAAACGCAAACCCGGCUGUAGUUAUCUUGCUAAAUCAAGAGUAUUUCUGACCGCACAAGCAAAGAUGUGGAUACGUUGCGAUACGUAUAUUUUGCUAUUCACUAUGUUUAACUGACGGUUUAUAACGCAACCACAUGUAUCGAUAACACGUGUGUGAUAAUAAAAUAAACAUUUGUAAUUAAA